AUGGCCGCUACAGCUACGUUCGCCUCGGAAGAAACAGUGAUCGUUCCUCCCCAGCAGGCGCCGCGGUCCUCUGAGCUCGCCGGCGUCUCCCUGAUCCCCGCCCGCAGCUCUUCGGGAAAGCGCAGUGGUCGGCGCGCAGGGCCGCCCCACGAGGACGGCGUGCUGGGGGCCGCGGUGGCGCGCUGGCCCCCCAACGCACUGGACCGCGGGGUGGCAGGGAGCAGGGGAGGGCGAUUCCCCGCCGCCCCCACUGACAACUUGAACGGGACCUCCACUGGCCUCUCCUUCGGACAGUUCCCCUCUAAGCACACCCUGUCCCCGCCCCGCACCCUCGGCCGGACCAUGCCGCGCGCCCCCGGCAGCAGCCCUGCAGUGGCGGCCUUGGGGCGCGGGUGUCUCGGCCGCUCAGGGAAGCUGGGGGAGUUUGCCGCGCGAGCAGCCGGCCUCCCGCAGGAGCCUAGGGACGCGCGGCGGCGGCGUAGCUCUGAGACCCGCAGCCGCGGCGGCGGCGUCAGCAGCGAGAGCAGCGCCUCCCGCCAGCCCCGGCCCGCUCCGAGAGCUUCCCGAAACAAGUCUGAGAAGAAGCGUCGGGACCAAUUCAAUGUCCUCAUCAAAGAGCUCAGCUCCAUGCUGCCUGGCAACACGAGGAAGAUGGACAAGACCACCGUGCUGGAGAAGGUCAUUGGGUUCUUGCAGAAACACAAUGAAGUCUCAGCGCAAACGGAAGUCUGUGACAUUCAGCCGGACUGGAAGCCUUCGUUCCUCAGUAAUGAAGAAUUCACCCAGCUGAUGCUGGAGGCCUUGGAUGGCUUCAUCAUCGCCGUGACGACAGAUGGCAGCAUCCUCUAUGUUUCUGACAGCAUCACGCCUCUCCUUGGGCACUUACCGUCGGAUGUCAUGGAUCAGAAUUUGUUAAAUUUCCUUCCAGAGCAAGAACACUCAGAAGUCUAUAAAAUGCUCUCUUCCCAUAUGCUUGUGACGGACACCCCUUCCCCAGAAUACUUAAAAUCUGACAACGAUUUAGAGUUUUAUUGCCAUCUUCUCAGAGGCAGCUUGAACCCAAAGGAAUUUCCAACUUAUGAAUACAUAAAAUUUGUAGGAAAUUUUCGCUCCUACAGCAAUG